AAAAUUUCCAAAAAAUUUGAAUCAUAAUUAAUUUUGAGUCAUAACAAGUAUAAAUAAUGUGGAAUAUUAAAUUUAACUGCUAAAACUAGGUUAUGGUGGUAAAAACAAUGAUUGCGACACGAAAAACAAAAAAAGUACAAAAAUGCAACUAUGAAAAAAUUAAUAAAAAAUUCAAAGAUCAUAGUGUAUGUUGUCAAAUCUCAUUAUACUUUAUAUGCGAGGUGUACCUUUCAUCAAGAAUUUACUAUAACAUUUUGAGUGCAUUCGAUACACUUCGAUAAAAGUUAUGCUCCAAAAAUCGAAAAGUGAUAUAAUUUUGGUACUGUAUAAUAACUAAUAUAAAAAAUGGAGCCAUUAAUAAUUAUUUUGUAAUUAUAGCCACAGAUACAAAACACUUUUAUUUUAAAGUGUGUCGAGCUCUCGAGCGUACACUGUAAACGAAUUUUCUCAAAAUUACCCGCUAUAAUAGAUGUAAAGUUACUAAAUAGUUGUAAAUUUUCAUGCAUGCGUAAAUUUGCAAUAUACAGGGGUAAGAUUAAUUUUGAAAUUCGUAAUUAAGCAGAUUGCGGAGGUAAAUGUACAACAUGUAUGGAAAGUUAUAGAAAUGAUAAGAUCAAUACGUUAUGCAAUUGUAUAACAUAUUAUAGAUUCAAAUACGGUCUCUCUAUCAUACAUGUUAUAAACAAUAGAAUGACUACUUACUGUGCCCGCACAUGGUGAUGCUAGGUGAACAGAAUUUUCACGCAUGCACAAUGAACGUUAAUCGCAUUAUAUUCUACAGCGAUGUAUGGAAUAUUGUUGUAUCACGUAAUGUUACAAAAACUUAAAUAGUUACAUUCAAAUAUCCUGUUAUAUACGUAAUUUUCCGUAAAAUAAAAUAAGAUAUAUUUACUCGAUAAAAGCAAAUCUACAUAUUUUUGAUGGAAUUACACAAUUUCUAUAAAACUACAUGAUUGUUUUUUUAUAUUCACAAAACUAAUCGUGUAAUUUUUACAUCUACUGUAUGUAAAUUUGCUGAAUUUUUUUACAGUGUAAAAUCGCCAUUUCCCAGCGAGCUUAUGGAUUAUCAGAAUAAAUGAACAAGUGUUCGCAUAAAUGUAUGUACAUGCUUUCUAGCUGUAUACAUUGAAUCAAUUAUCAAUCUUGAUAAAUCUGUUAUGCCACUUGAAGACUGACUUUUACCAUAAUACUAAGAGAAAUCCCUCUUGAAGAUAUUGUUGAUUAACGCAUUAAUGCACCCUGUACUUCAACAUUCUCCUUGCUGUCCGCGUAUACGAACUCGCGUUUCGCGUUGUGGAAUUUAUUCGCGGGCGGAAUAAAUUCCACAAUAAAUUACUGCAGAACGUUGAUCUCCCCCCUUCGUCCCCUUCGGCUCAUGAAUAACGCACCAAAAGAUAGCCCUCGCGUCUGAGGGCUAAUCUCGCGGCGGUUUCGUUACCGUUGCUGGAAAACGACACACACGGAACUCGCGCGGAACGAUGCAACGGGGUGCAGCGCAGCAGCGUAACCAACAUUCAGGUCACUCUCACCCCCCCCCCCCCGCGUUGUUCCCUUACCGCCUAUUCCGCCCCCGUCUGCGGAGGAACUUCAAAGGAUCGAUCUUGAUUACCUUGCUCUGCUGACGGCAUUCGCCCCGGAAUAAUAAAUUGCUCCAUCUUCACCUCUAUAUGCUGACAUUAAUAAUUGACCAUUAAUAAUGAAAGAAGAAUGCGCGCAGAUUAUCGGAGUGAAUCAGAGAGAGUUAUUAUUUUUAAAGGUGGUGAGAAGCAUAACAUAUGCACGUAGAUUUUAACUUCUGACGUCUCUACUUCUAGCAUCUUUAAUUUCCAAUGUUUCUAUCGAAAAUGACGCGGCUUUACUCCUGCCGUGGGAGACCGUUAGCUACGCCACUGGUGCAGCGGAUAUAAACGUGCCUGGCGGGAUAAAAUUAAUGCACCCGUGUCGCUCUCUGGCCCCUUCGGUUGCUAGGGAAAUCAACCUCGCGGAGAUGAUUCGCCACCCCGUCGAGAUUUCGUUAACUACCCUCGAUGUCGUGAGACACGAAAUCGCGGACCUGCGGGUUGCGCUUUUUUUUUGUCGAAGGCUGGAAACGAUGGCUGAUUGAAUUUAUCUAAAAAAAAAAGAAAAAAAAAAUUGCCCUCAUCUGUGUAAUACCAAAGUGGUUUUAUCUAAGAAAAAAAAGAAGGGGAGGGAGAAAGAGAGAGAGAGAGAGUUUAUAUAAAAUUAGAGCUAUGACAUUUUAUAUCUCUGUGGGGAGCAAAUAAAUAGAAACGUGAAUCGUAAAGGAGAUUGCGCAUCUAAUCUUCCAAAUUGUCUAUUUUGUAAAUUUAUUCCUACCCCCUGUAACUCUCUGUCCUAAGGAAGGAGAGAAAUUUUUCCCGAAAAGCAUUUUUCGCGUGUCCUAACAAUAAGUGUGGCUCGAAUCCGAAAUAAUGUACACGCUCUCGCAUACAACGGAUACGCUAAUUUUGCCUUUACAAUGGAGUUCACGACAUCGCAUGAGUCAUUGCGCGGUGACAAAACCACGUUGUUGCAAUAGUUUCGCGAUAGCGCGUCCGGUGUUUCGCGGCAAAAUUCUAUGCGCCGUGAUACGAAUAGAAUGUCAAAGAUUUGUCGGAGAAUAAACUAUCAAAGUUAUCUCUGAGAUACGUAAUAAAACUAAUAAUACAAUCGUACAAUAAAGAUUGAGUUUUUCUUUUGUAUUUUGAGGAAAAUUUAACUGAUUGUUUAAACCGAUUAUUAAAAAAAAAAGUCUCUUCGAUUCAAAUAAAAGAUGCAAAUAAAAGAUGCAUCGUUGACAAUUGGAUGAAAAUAAAAAAAAGUGUUGAAAAUAAUAAAUAAAAGAGAUCGCAUUUAAGAAUGCAAGUGACUAAGGAGAUUUCAAUCAUUGUCUACCUAUAAAUCAACUGAUGGAAUUGAGGAGAAAAAGAUGUAAUUUUCUGGCGCAAAUCUUCUUGACGGAGACGAGCCCUCAAAGCGCUAAUAAUCAUUUUUGUCCUCGCGGAUGGCGAAACGUCAAAUCGGAGUGAACCAAUCGAGGUGUGGUCUCUCUCCGAGGGAGAGCAGAAGUAGAUGUCCGGCGGCAUCAGAGAAAAUCGAAUUUUCCGCACGACGUGACUCUCCGCCGGGGAUCGAAGCGGAAGUUUUCCGGCUUCAAGGUCGCCGUGCGACUUAUUUUCCGGCUUAGCGGCGAAGCAAAAGGGAAGAGAGACGUAUCGUCUAACACGCGUUUCGGACAAGUACGAGCGGCAGCAGGAUACAUUUGUAAGAGCUCCCACGGGGAUCGAUCCGCGCCGCGCUUCUUCAAGCUUCGAGAGCACUGUCGCGUCGGGCUCCUCUUUGAGACAUUGAUAGCGCGAAGAAAUUCAAGACGCGCUCUUUUCGGCCUAAUCUGCCCUAAAUGGGAGAGGAUUCUCGUAGCGACGAAUGUCGAGUUUAUCUGUAAUUGCAAGUGGGAAGGUAAUGGAAUUACUUUCACAUGCUGAGUCAACUAAUUGAGGAUGUCUACUCUCCGAAGGAUGUACUGAGGAAAGAUGAUGGGGAGUAGUAACAAUGAGAUCGAUCAGGGGGUGGCCUCGGGAGUUCGAGGUGACGGCGGGAAGCACACGGUUCACUGGUUCCGUAAGGGACUCCGGCUGCACGACAACCCCUCGUUGAAGGAGGGUCUCGCGGGGGCGUCUACUUUCCGGUGCGUCUUCGUGCUGGACCCUUGGUUCGCCGGAAGUACCAACGUUGGCAUCAAUAAAUGGAGGUUUCUGCUGCAAUGUUUAGAGGAUCUGGAUUGUUCCCUGAGGAAACUAAAUUCCCGGCUGUUUGUGAUCCGGGGACAGCCGGCCGACGCGCUCCCCAAGCUCUUCAAGGAAUGGGGCACGACAAAUCUGACUUUCGAGGAGGAUCCGGAGCCGUUCGGCCGCGUGCGAGAUCACAAUAUCUCGGCCCUCUGUGAGGAACUCGGUAUCUCGGUGGUCCAGAGGAUCUCGCAUACUCUUUACAAGCUUGACGAGAUCAUAGAGAGAAAUAGUGGAAAACCGCCGUUGACCUACCAUCAAUUUCAAAACGUCGUCGCCGGGAUGGGCCCGCCGGAAUCGCCGGUACCGACGGUGACUGCCGCCUGCAUCGGCAGCGCCUAUACACCCCUAAAGGACGACCACGACGACCAUUAUGGAGUGCCCACCCUCGAGGAACUCGGCUUCGACACGGAGAGUCUGCUGCCGCCGGUGUGGGUCGGCGGCGAGAGCGAGGCCCUAGCUAGGCUCGAGCGUCACCUCGAGAGGAAGGCGUGGGUGGCGAGCUUCGGCAGGCCGAAGAUGACACCGCAGUCCUUGCUGCCGAGUCAGACCGGGCUCUCGCCUUAUCUGCGAUUCGGCUGUCUCAGUACGCGAUUGUUCUACUAUCAGCUCACGGAUCUGUACAAGAAGAUAAAGAAAGCGGUACCGCCGCUAUCGUUGCACGGGCAGCUACUCUGGCGCGAAUUCUUUUACUGCGCCGCGACGAAGAAUCCAAAUUUCGAUCGGAUGCAGGGCAAUCCGAUUUGCGUACAGAUACCAUGGGACAAGAACGUGGAGGCACUCGCAAAGUGGGCGAACGGCCAGACGGGAUUUCCGUGGAUUGAUGCAAUCAUGACGCAGCUGCGGGAAGAGGGUUGGAUACAUCACCUGGCCAGACACGCGGUGGCUUGUUUCUUGACCAGGGGCGACCUUUGGAUCUCAUGGGAGGAAGGAAUGAAGGUUUUCGACGAGCUUCUCUUAGACGCCGAUUGGUCCGUGAAUGCCGGCAUGUGGAUGUGGUUAUCGUGCAGUUCGUUCUUCCAACAGUUUUUCCACUGCUACUGCCCGGUACGAUUCGGCAGAAAAGCAGACCCGAACGGCGACUACAUCAGGCGCUACCUGCCGGUGUUGAAGAACUUCCCGACCAGAUACAUUCACGAGCCCUGGAACGCGCCGCUCAGUGUGCAGCACGCCGCCAAGUGCAUCAUCGGCAAGGAGUACUCGUUGCCGAUGGUGAACCACAGCAAGAGCUCGCGCAUCAAUAUCGAACGGAUGAAACAGGUGUACCAGCAGCUGAAUAAGUACCGCGGUAACGGAACGUCGCUUAAAGGAGAGAACAUCGGCUUGCUGAACGUAUUGCUGGCAUCGCCGGCGAAGGACAGUGACAAAGAGAAGAGGAAGCAAGACUCGCCGAGUCGAGAGGACGAGCAGAAAAUGGAGAUCAUUAGCAGUCCCACGCAACCGCAACAGCAACAGCAGCAACAGCAACAGCAGCAGCAGCAGCAGCAACAGCAGCAGUAAUAGUAGUAACGACAGUCGGUAUAGUGAUCUAAUUGAUUCGUUAACGCGAUAAUGCUGACGUUACUCUUUUUAUAAGCGACUUAAAAAUUUCAAUCGCGAGUUCUAUAUCUCUAAUUAUUUUGAUUAACCCUUAAUCGACCCCGAGAAAGCCCUUUAAUUAUGAUUGACAUAAUCGGUGCCUUUCUGACCUCAACCUCUUUCCGAUGUCAUCGAGAAUUGGCACGUUUAACAAACUCUAUCUCUAAUGUUUAAUAUGUAUUAUAACAUCAGAUAUAUAUAUAUAUAAAAUUUUUAUAAUCUUUAUACGUUUCGCAAAGUCACUCCAGGCGACUACUGUUAAAGGUUAUUUGUAAAAUCAGACAUCAGAUAUUCCGCAAAAUGCGAGGAAUCGCUAUUUUUUCAACAUUUGCAGAAAGAGUAGAAAAAAAAAGAACGUUUUAGCUGCGGGCAGAUUUAGAGAGCGUGUUACACGAGCGAAUCCAACGUUCGCCCAAGAUAGAUUACAGAUUAUAACUUGUAUUUUGUAUUACACAACUUAUAUACAAUUUUAACAAUGUUAUUCGCAAGGUUGAUUAACAAACUGUACUAUCUAGAUUUUUUAUGGCUGUAAAUUAUAACUGUAAAUAACGAAUAAAUACGUAAGUGUUAAAAUCCCUA